AUGGGAUCAACGGAGAACGGCUAUUCGAGUGAGCGUCGCUUCGGCACGUUGGCGGUGCAUGCCGGUGCCCCUCACGACCCGACGACAGGCGCCGUCAUUGCGCCGAUCUCUCUUUCCACUACUUUUGCCCAGACCAGUGUCGGAAGUCCCGUGGGUCUGUACGAAUACACUCGAAGUGCCAACCCCAACCGUGACAACUUCGAGCAAGCUGUUGCCGCCCUCGAACAUGCCAAAUACGCCCUCGCCUUUUCGUCGGGCUCUGCCACCACAGCUACCAUCCUCCAGUCCCUUGCGGCAGGCUCGCAUGUCGUCUCGGUGUCCGACGUGUACGGCGGCACACACCGAUACUUCACCAAAGUUGCUGCGGCGCACGGGGUCCAUGUGACUUUCUCGCCUUGCAUCGAGCUGCAUGUGGAGGAUUUGAUUCGGCCAAACGAUACCAAGCUCAUCUGGAUUGAAACUCCGUCGAACCCAACCCUGGGCCUGGUGGAUAUCCAGGCUGUGGCGGAGAUCGCUCACCGUCAUGGGAUUCUGGUGGUGGUCGAUAACACGUUUAUGAGCCCCUAUGUCCAGAACCCGUUGGAUCAUGGUGCGGAUAUUGUCGUGCACUCUGUCACCAAGUAUAUCAAUGGUCACUCGGAUGUUCUGAUGGGCGUCGCUGCUUUCAGCUCUGAAAGCCUGAAAGAACGCCUGACCUUCCUGCAGAACGCCAUUGGCGCCGUCCCCUCGCCAUUCGACUGCUGGCUCGCGCACCGUGGUCUCAAGACGCUGCACUUGCGGGCCCGCGAGGCAACCAAGAACGCCACUACAGUCGCGCAGACCCUCGAAUCGUCCCCACAUGUCAUCUCGGUGAAUUACCCGGGGGUCGACUCCCACCCACACCGCGCCAUCGCUGUGAAGCAGCACCGCGAUGGCAUGGGCGGCGGCAUGCUCAGUUUCCGCAUCAAGGGCGGCCAAAACGCCGCGCAUCUCUUCUGCAAAUAUACCAAGAUCUUUACGCUGGCCGAGAGCUUGGGCGGUGUUGAGAGUCUCUGUGAGGUCCCAUCCAGCAUGACCCAUGCAGGUAUUCCCAAGGACCAGCGUGAGGCUGCGGGUGUCUUUGAUGACCUUGUGCGCAUGAGCUGCGGAGUCGAAGACGCUGAGGAUCUCAAGGCCGAUGUGCUCAAGGCCCUGGAUUUGGCUGUCGCUGCGUCGAAGGCGACCAAUGGUAGCUUUUAG